GCACAAAAGGGCACGGGUUUUGAUUGGGUGUGUGAGGUUUUAGGUUUUGGGCGAAUUUCGCGUCUUUUUUAACCGCUUCAUUUUCUCACUCUCUCCUCUCCUCACUUCUUCUCUCACUCGCGCUCCUUCCUCUAGGGUUUUAGGGUUUUCUCAUCUCCAUACCAACAACACCUUCGCUCUCCCAAAUCCAAAACCCAAAAGCCAUGGACAAGUUCCAGAGGGUCGAGAAGGCGAAGCCCGCGGUGCCCAUCAACGUCAACGAGAUCCGUAUCACUACCCAAGGUGCUAUCAGAAACUACAUCAGCUACGCUACCACUCUGCUUCAGGAUAAGCAAGUAAUUGAGAUUGUCUUGAAAGCAAUGGGACAGGCAAUCAGCAAGACAGUGGCCAUUGCUGAAAUUAUAAAGAAAAGGAUUCCCUCGUUGCAUCAAGAUACUGCCAUCAGCUCUGUAAGCAUAACUGAUGUAUGGGAACCUAUUGAAGAGGGUCUUGAAUCUGUGGAGACGACUCGUCAUGUCUCAAUGAUUUCAAUCACAUUAUCAACCAAGGAGCUAAACACAAGCUCUCCUGGGUAUCAAGCUCCAUAUGUUGCUGAACAAUCAAAGUCACAGCCCAAUUACCAACAGCAGCAGCAACCAAAACAAGCACGGGCUUCAUACAAUGCUGUCAAUGAAGAUUCAUAUGGCCGAGGUCGUGGACGUGGUAGAGGGAGAGGGCGGAAUUGGGGCAGGGGUGGAGGAUACGGCAACUAUCAAGGUGGAUAUGGUAACUAUCAAGGUGGAUAUGGAAACCAUCAAGGUGGUUAUGGAAACUAUCAAGAUAAUGGUGGAUAUUCAAACCGGGGAAGAGGUGGAGGACGUGGCAGAGGUUGGGGUAAUCGUGGGUCUGGUGGCUAUGAAAGGGGUGCCGGUGGCUAUGAAAGGGGUGGUGCUGGUGGUUAUGAAAGAGGAGGUGCUGGUGGGAAUGAAAGAGGAGGUGCUGGUGGGUAUGAAAGAGGAGGAGGUGCUGGUGUGUAUGAAAGAGGAAACGGUGCUGGUGGGUAUGAAAGAGGAAACGGUGCUGGUGGAUAUGAAAGAGGAGGAGGUUCUGGUGGGUAUGAAAGAGGAGGUUCUGGUGGGUAUGAAAGAGGUGCUGGUGGAUAUGAAAGAGGAGGUGCUGGUGGAUAUGAAAGAGGAGGUGCUGGAGGAUAUGAAAGAGGUACUGGUGGUUAUGAAAGAGGCAGAGGUGGAGGGGGAAGAGGGUAUGGCCGUGGGCGAGGACGGAUGGGCGGGCGCACGAGGGGUGGUGCAAACCAAGCAUAAAUCUAAAGUUGGUGAUAUUUUUUGCUUCAGCUACAUGCAUGCCUUUGGCCCGUGAGGGUGCGGUUUAUCAGAAUACUGUUUCAAUAGCGUGAAAUGCGGUGGCCUUACAAUAUUUGGCGUUGUUAAACAGUGUUUCUAUUUUGAUGUUUGCCUCGUGCAUUAUAUUUUGUGGAUAUGGGCAGGCUUGUUUUUGGGUUUUGCAUUUAGCCAAGUGAAGAAAAUGCUCGGUUUAGUAUUUGCUGUAAUUCUUUUCACCAUUUGUUUCUGCCAAUAUUGUAUCUAGAGCUUCCUUGCAAUAUAUCUUUAUUUCUUUAAAAAC